AUGACCGGCGAGGCUCUCAGGGGCACGAUGUGCCAAAGGCAAAUGACCGGCAAUACUUUUGGGGAGGCAAAGGAGGAGAAGAAGCAUGAGGGUCCUCAAGUCCCGACCAUUGACCUCAAGGACAAAGAGUCCGAAAACCCCAUGGCUAGGGAAGUGUUCUUCAACCUCCCGAUCGAGGAGAAGGAGAAGUAUGCCAACGACCAAGGCUCCAAGAAGCAAAAGAUUGCGUCUUUAGCCAAGCCCAAAACAGCAAGUACAGUUGAUUCUCUACUCAAGGAAGAAGGCUUUUUCCCGCGCAAGCAUCUAAAUGUGGCUGAUUUUGGCUGUGCUUCGGGCCUUAGCACUUCAACUUUCAUGUCGACCAUUAUAGACAGUGUACAGAAAAAGUGUGCACACUCGAACGGCCCAACGCCCGAAUUCCAAUUUUUUAUGAAUGACCUUCCUGGGAAUGAUUUCAAUACAUUGUUCAAAAGCUUGUCCAACUUCUCACAAAACUAUGAAAGCUUAUCGUGCUUUAUAAUGGGAGCUGCGGGUUCUUUCCACGGGAGGCUCUUUCCUAGAAACAGCCUGCACUUUGCUCAUUCCUCCUAUAGCGUCCAUUGGCUAUCUCAGGUACCAAAUCUCAUGAGCGAAGAAGGCUUCCACUUGAGCAAGGGAAGGAUCUACAUUUCGGAGACCAGCCCUGGCAUGGUGAAGGAGGCUUACUUAUCUCAGCUCCGGGCAGAUUUCUCAACAUUUUUGAAGUUCCGUGGUGAAGAGAUGGAAUUCGUGAGCCGAGACGGCUACAUCUUCUGGGAGAAACUUGGAGAGGCAAUUGCUGAUUUGGUUUCAGAGGGAUUCAUUGAGGAAGAGCAACUAGACACCUUAAGCGUGCCAUAUUACACAGCAUCUUUAGAGGAAGUUCAAGACAUAGUAAAUGAAGAAGGGUUUUUCAAGAUCGAACAUUUGGAGAUAAUGAAGAUCGAUAGAUACUCGCUGGAGGAGGAUCCUUAUAGCAGAGGAAGGAUCAGGAUGAUGGCUACACGCAUUAGAUCCGCCACCGGUUCCAUAAUCUCGCACCAUCUUGGUGAGGAGAUCAUGGAUGAGCUCUAUGGCAAAAGGCUUCCCGUUCUUAAAAAGCAUGUCCCAUGA